AUGCCGCCUGCAACCGGCUUCUCGGAUGAACAUGAUCUGGAUGCUGUCUGGGCCAAGAUCCUCGACAAAUCCAACAAGAUUACUUCAUGGAACCUACACGACGAACCGACAACUAACUUUGACUGUGGGAUGUGUUAUUGGCAAAAUCAAUCCGCCCAACGGUUCCAAAAGAACUCCAAAAAUGUUGCGAGGAACGUCUUUCACAACGCCCUUCGAGUCUCAGUAUUCCUGGAGAAACUCAGAAUCUAUCUCGAGGACGGAGGAGCGGAGACCAAGCUCGACAAACGCCUGCGCAAGACCGUCUGCCGCGUUCUGGCGCAUUUCCCUGUCAUUAUGGGAUUGGCACAUAAGCUCACGAAGAGGAGAGUCAAACUGGCAGCCAGGAUUGGGGCCUUUGGGGGAGAUCCUCAAGCCAAAGAUGCCAUGGCGAGAUUGGAGAUGAGACUAGGACUGGAAUCACUAUCGUCGCGAAAGAUCUUAGCGAGGUUGCACGCAACAUUCGUGGCGUAG